CUUAAAGCGGUCGCGUGUGGUAAGCGGCACCAGAAUGGAAAGCUAAGUGGAGAAAGUAAAAAAAAACCUUAGUUGGUUUAAAACUCAACAAAUUUUUCGCAAACAACUAUUAGUUUAUUCAAAAACUUUUGAGGAUGUCCAGUUCCCUCUGCAAAACUUCUGUGUUCAAAGCUUACCAAGACGUCAUAAACGAUGUGAUAUCGAACGCAAGGGAAUACUUUAUUGAGGAUGGGGUAGAUGAAGCAGUACUGCAAGAAUUGAAACAAACCUGGCAGACGAAACUGUCGGCAACGAAAGCUGUAGAAGAACACAAAGAACCGGAAAAGGCUAUAGGUACGAAUAACAAAAUUGUAAAACAUGACUAUAGUAAUGGUACUACUUACAAUAAAACCCAACAGCAAGUGGUGCAACAGAUACACCAGCAGCAGCAACAGAACUUCCAACAGCAACAGCUGCUGAAUAACAAGCAAGUUGUUGGUCAGGUCGCUCCGAACAAUCACAUGCCCCAAGGGCAAUUAGGGCAAGCUUUCCCUGAGUGGAGGAGGGUCCCAAUACAACUAACUAUACCUGCAGCCCCUGGAACGGGCGACGGUAAUAGGAUUCUUUCCAUAGACGUCCCGGAAGUUUUCCUCCAAGGCCACCACCUGAAGUCGAUUCUAACGGGGCAAGUGAUCAGUACCACCAUGGGUCUUCCCGUGAUGGCAGCUUGCUCCUUCCUGCAAGACCACGUAAAUGCCGCGUUCCUAAACCACCAACAGUCAUUUUUCGAAAUGAACAAUCACCAAAUACUGCAGACCGAACUCGCGUCUGACGAUAAAGUCCAAAGAUUGCAUGAGAUCCCGCAAAGGGACGGCCCGGCUGAUUCCUCGGAUGAAGACGAUGACAAAAGCGACGAUAUAUCCGAGGACGGGGACGAUGAGAAGGAUAACGAUGAAAUAGAGGAAGACGGAGCAGCGGGCGCGGAAGAAGAACCUCUAAACUCCGGGGACGACGUUUCGGAUGCCGACGGAACGGAAGAAUCUUUUGAGACUGAAAAUGUGAUAGUGUGCCAAUAUGACAAGAUAACAAGGAGUCGAAACAGGUGGAAAUUCCAUUUGAAAGAUGGUAUAAUGAACCUAAACGGAGAGGACUUUGUGUUCCAGAAAGCAAAUGGAGACGCUGAAUGGUGAAUUUUUGGCGCUUAUUAGACAUUAAAUAUGUUUUAAGUUUUAUAUUUUCAUGUUACCUAAAAUUUUUGUUAGAGACAGAGCGGCAGAUUACUUUACAUAUUUCGCUAAUUAGCGUAGUGUAGGUAUAAGAGAAAAUCAAGUUCAACUUAAAUUCGACAAGUUUAUCAGUAUUAAUCUUGCAGGUGCUUCUAAAACAUCGGUAUUUUCUGAACUUUGCUGUUAAGAAAACAAGGAAUAUGUAUAACUAUUAUUUGAAACAUUGAUUAAAGUAAUCCACUUUAAAUAUGUAGUUUUUUACAGAAUAUUUCAAAAUUGUACAUCUGUGUUAUAAAUUAUAAUCCUCUUUGUCUUUAGAAACAAAUGUAAUGCACACAAGUAUGAGUUGUAGAAAUGGAUAUUCAGGGGAGACAAUAUGUAGAUUAUACUUAUGAAUAUAAUAUAUUUAAUAACAGUGAAGCAACUUGCCUCUCACAAAGAGAACCCCUUAAGUAGUGUGUGCAAGUUGGUAAUUUAAUAAAUAAUAUAUAUUUUUCUCAUCUAUUAUUUUAUGUUAUAGAUUUUAGUACUCGAAUUUGUUAAGCAUUAUAAAAAUUUUACUGUCAAGUGUUAUUUUUAUUUUAUAUCUACACACUGUU